UGAUAAGAUAAAAGAGAGAGAGAGAGAGAGCGUCGGAUUAUAAAGAUGAAUUGACUCGAUAAGAGGAAGAGAGGAAGUUUGAGAAGAAAUGGAGAUGAAGCGUAACCUCUAGGAAAUAGGGAGAAAAAAAGGGUUUGAAGGUCAAAAGUAGAAUUUUUUAACGAAAUAUAUACUGUAUAUAUAAUUAAAUGCAGGAAAAAAGUUGACCAAGAAAUAAAACUGAAAAAUGGAACGUAAAUAAAUAAAUGAAUCAAAGAAAUACACACCAGCUGUAUUUAAAUUGAUUAGCACAACAGUUAUGUUCAUAAUCAUUGAAAUUAUUUUCGUAGACUAGCACAGAAAUAGAGUACAUUAUUUUUCCUUUGAGUAAAGUUAUAUUCAUUGCCUUAAUGGAAGAAUUAAGAUUUAAUGAACCCGAUCAAGAUCGGAUAUUAGACAAUUCGAAAAGUUUGCGCUUUGAGGAUACGCUCAAGCAUCCAAUCUCAAUUUUAGUUCUUCUUGGUCUAUUAUUUCUCCUUAUAUAUCUUAUUUAUAAGCUGAGCUCGACCAAAGACUCAGAAGUGAGCAGCCCGUUACAAGGUCAAUCGUCUUCAGUAUCAAAUUCGACCGAUUCUGCUGGAAUUUCUGUCCAAGAAUUAGAGCCUGGCAUGUAUUUGCUCCAUGGUCCUAAUGCUCAAAAAGCAGUUCAAUCAGUAAAUAUUCAAAGUUAUGGUUUGGUAUCAGAUCCCCAAAGGUUCACAACUUCAAACAAUUUUACGACUGCAGAACUACAGCAAAGCUUAAUAGAUACUUCUCCCUGCCAGAGACCUCCACCUUAUUAUGGUGUUAGUCCCUCAGCACCUUAUCAAUAAAAUAAAUUUGGAAUAAUCAGACAAACAAAUGAUGUUUCUAUGUAUUCCUUUUAAAAUAUAUGAAAAAGCGUUUUUUAUUUAAAUUUUAGCGAAUUGUGUUAAUUUUUACUCAUAGAAAAUAUUUAUAAAUAUUAAAUACCUUGGGAGUAAUUUAAAUUUUCAAUAGCAUCGUUUAUUUAUUUAUUCACAACAAUCUUAUAUUUAAACAUAUAUACACAGUAUAUAUAUAUAUUUAUAUAUAAAUAAAAGCUUUUUAAAAAUAUGUACGCCAUAUAUAUACAGU